ACCCCCGGCCCCGCGAAAAAAGUCACCACAAGCUGUCCAUCUUGGACAAGUCGCUCGUUUAACCCUCGUCGCUCGUUGAUCACAGCCACAUCGCGCACCCAACGCCUUCCAACAACUUCCAACAACUGUCACUGGGCUGCCUGGCUGCAGGCACCACCACACACGCCAUGACUAACCACAUUGGCGGGCCUUCACUCUCUCAGGCCCGCAAAACCCAGAACAUCAACCAUUCCCAUACAGGCUCCAGCGCUGGGCACAACCACCGCCAUUUGCACCACCAACACAACCAACAACGCCAGCUCCAUCCGGAAGAGGAACUUGAUCAAACUCCUCACCAACACCAACACCACAACCACAACCACAACCACGCUCGCUACCACCACCAAUCCUCCAAACAACAACAACCUGAAGACAGCGACAACACCACCCUCCAAAACCACAACCAUCUCGACAUUCGUUCACCACUAGACACCCCCACCCAACAAACCGAACCAGGACUACUAAAUGCACGUUCAGUGUUAGUGGUCCAGACUGUGUCCGUCAUCAAGAUCAUAGAUGACGCCGGCGCUCUCGUCCACUUCUCGACUCUGGCAUCCGAACCUGUUACGCAGUCACCCGACCCUGUGGCCGCGCGAACUGCCGAAAUCACUGACCUGGGUAGCUCGUUGCCCACCCUGCCUGUCACAGUUCCGGGACUUGGCGAUGGGACACCGUCGCCAACUGCCUCCGUCGACACGGAGUCGUCUAUAACGUCCGCUUCUCUGUCUCUGUCCUCCGGCGUGGCUGCGCCGGGGGCCUUGACGUCCGCUCCUUUCAACAGCUCGUCCGUAUCUUACCAUGACGGCGCCUCGAGCUUCCCCACACUAUCGUUAUCCUCCGGUCUUUUCAACUCUUCUUCAACUCGCAUCCCAUCGUUUUAUGCCAACGGCACUCAUGUGUCCCAUUCCUUGUUCGCAAACACCACCCGAACAUCGACCUUCGCAAGUUCGACAUCCACCUUCGCUUCUUCCACCAAAAGCCGAGCUUCAACCACUCGAUUCACAUCCACUUCGUCAGGUGUGCCGACUCUCGUAGCAGGUGGAACCGGAGGAGGCAACAGCGGCGAUGCGGGCGCCGGUGGCGAAUCCGCAAGCCCCGCCGGAACGACCGACUCCCCGCAUGUCGACCCCGGCAACACGGACGACAACUCCAGCGGACUUACGCCCACCGCUCAGCGAUCCAUCAUCGGAGGUGUCGUGGGCGGGGCGGCCGGCAUGGCCCUUGUUGCGUUCCUGUUAUUGUUCCUUCUUAAAUGGAAGCGAAAUGGCGGCGGCAACAUCCGGUUGCUGGGCGAAGGUGGAAGCCUGGCGGCUGCAGCCCGGAAACGGGGCGGGCAUGAGCAGGGAGGAGGAGCUCUGGAAGGAGGAGGCGGCAAUGGUGGAGGUGGUGGAGGAAAUGGAGGAGGAGGAGAAGGAAUGACGGAAAGAGGCCUUCCAUAUGCAGUCCCGUCUGCUCUUGUCAGCCUCACGGCGGCCAAGCGAUUCUCGACUGCGUCAGCCGAGCCCCCGGUUGCAGAACGGGGUUUUUACCGGGUAUCAGGCAAGAAGCUGAUAUCCGUCCUAGAAUCCGGGGGAGAUGGAUACAGCGACCCGGAUCCGCACGAGAGCGUGUACUAUCGGGAUUCAAUGGCGUUUACCGACGGGACGACGGGCGCCCUUGGUCUCGGUGGAGAGCGACUCAAACUUGGGUCUCCGAUGCGACCCAUAAGCGGCGUUCCCGUCUUUAGGUCAGGACCGGGGAAGACCGCGAUUGUUCAGCAGGAUGGAGGAUCACCAGGAGUAGGAGGAUUGAGCCCCUUUUCAGAUGACACGCGCCCGGUAACGCCGGCGUCGCCGAUCGGUAGCCAUGGACCUCCAAGUCCGCCCGCACGUGCUUCACUAAUGCCGGACCCGAUCGGUCGGAGUCUGGUAUCACGGGAUGGGUCCCGAGGAUCUGGGUCAAGAUUUACUGAGGAUAUGUGAAGGGAUGGAUCUUUUUUUUCAUCUUUUCUUUUUGGACAUAGCCUUUUACCAUCUUGUACCCACAUCAAGCCAUCCAUUUUUUCUUCUUCUGCAAUCAUUUUUGUUAAACCUUGACCUUCAUUGGAUAUGAUAUCAACCUUCUUUUUGACCUUUUUUUCUUCUUUUAUCCAAAAG